AAAAUUUUUUGUACUACAGAUAAGACAAGAAAAAGAAACAUUUUCUGUGACAGAAGAAAGAUCCAUUACUUGACUUGUGUGGUUCUUUUUUGAACUUCUUUUUAGAGAGGUUACUUUCGCAGCCGCGUGUUCUCAGAAAUUUUUUGAUAUUUCAUAAUCCAAAAUGGAAAACGACGCUGGUGAAAAGGUUGAUCUGUACUGCCCAAGGAAAUGCUCUGCAAGCAACAGAAUUAUUCACGCCAAAGACCAUGCCUCCAUUCAGUUGAGCAUUGCUGAUGUUGAUCCAGCAACUGGAAGAAUGACCGAAACUUUCAAAAGUUAUGCGCUGUGUGGGGCAAUCAGACGUAUGGGUGAAUCUGAUGAUUGCAUCGUCAGGUUAUGCAAAAAAGACGGUAUUUUGGCUAAGAAUUUCUAAGGACAACAUGCUAAGUGAAUGUAAUAUUAAAUUAAUAUAAUAAAAAAUUUUGUAAAA